UGCUUAGUGUUUACAAAGGUAGCUCACUCAUCUAGUUCCUGAGUGCACAGAACACCCCACAGCAGCAGCUUCUGUGAACUUCAGUCUGAUAGUACAACACACAAAGUGACUGAAUUGUGCUUUAUUUGUUCAGCAAUGCCUGAGGAAGUGACUUAUGCUACUCUCAAAUUUCCAAAUGCAUCUAAGACAGAGAAAUCCCAGGAGAGCUGCAGUCUCAAGAGAACAGAUAAUCAUGAAGUGCCAGAAUUGGAGCUGGAUGGUGCAGCUGGAAAUGAAACAGGGAGAAAUGAGGGCACAACUGAGGUGGCAGGGAGUAGAGCUGUGAGAGGUCAUACUACUCCAUCGAAAGUGUGGCAUCUUGUUGCUUUCAUUUUGCUGAUGCUGAAUUUAGCAGUGCUGGUUGCACUGGGAACCCUGAUCUUAAUGAAUUACCAGGAACUCUUCUUCAGCAACAGAACAUCAUAUGAUGGGCAACGAAGCAUAGUACAACAGUUGGAGAGAAAUACAACACUGUACAUGGAUAUAUAUAAAAAUGUCUCAAGUGAGCAUAUCACUUUAAAAAAUAUGUUAGAAAACACAUUAAAAGUGUUGAACAACUUUAUCUCAAAAUACUCUGAAGACUUAAAGCAGAAGAAAAAGGACCUCAGAUCUUGCUCAUACUCAGUGUCAUGUGCAUGUCAUGAUGACAGCAGAAAGGGUCACUCUUCAUCAAUGGAUAUGAACAAUGGGAAAGAAGAGGAUAAAACUCAGCUGUUCAUUGGCUGUCUUCCAUCACCUGUCUCCUGGAGGGAUCUGAAUUGUACUCUGACCAAGACAAAUAAGACAGCAAAGAAUGUUUCAGACUUUUGCAUUUUGACCUUUCCAUCUCUUGGGGCAUCCAAGGAAGGAAAGAAGUACAUCAAGAGAGAUGUGGAAAGGGCAGUGAUGGACACAUCCCAUUCCAAACUGAGUGUAGUUCUCUGCAUAUUCUGGAGAAGACCUCUGGUGAGCAAGUGGAAAGUAGGCUCCCCCAAGGUCCAAAGGCAGGAAACAAUCCCAGGUAUGGUGGUGAUGGUGGUGGUGAUGUUGAAGGCUCUUGGCCUUCCCUGUAGCAGCUCCAGAUGCCAGCCUAUGAAUCUGGGACUGCCCAUGUGGUCACAUGAGUAUGACUCUGUAAUUGCCAAGCAAAACAAAAUGAAUAGAUGCUGGGUAUCAGGUAGCCAGGAGGGUAUGGUGGUGCAGGUAAAGGAAGGUCCCCUUCCUCCCUUAAGUGCGAAUUGCUUUUGUGAGUCUCCUAAUGGCUACAUGGCAAUUACCAAGUCUCAGGAACCCACAGAACAUUGGGCAUGGGGCUAG